AUGCAGUUAUUGCUCACCCUGUUCCCCUCUCUCACUGCCUUCUUUGCUAGUAUGAUUUCGGACCCCGCUCCAGCAGCCAACAUCACUGCUUACGCCCCUGCGUCAUUUGUGCAUCCUGGUGUGCUCCUAAACACCGCUCAGCUCAACUUUAUCCGGAGCAAAGUCAACGCAGGUGCGCAACCAUGGUCCGGCGCCUACAGCGCGCUUUUAAAGGAGCAACUUCUCUCUCAGUCACGCAAUCCGACUCCUCGUUCCGUCGUCAAUUGUGGAAGAUCAUCUAACCCGGAUAAUGGGUGUACGAAUGAGAGGCAAGACGCGCUCGCUGCUUACGGCAACGCGUUGGCAUGGUAUGUGAGUCAAGAUAGCAAAUAUGCGAAGAAGGCAAUCUCGUAUUUCAACGCCUGGUCGGGCGUCAUUACGGACCACACCGGGCCUAAUGCUCCUUUGCAAACCGCUUGGUCUGGCACGUCGUGGGCUAGAGCGGCAGAGAUUAUUCGCCAUACGUAUAGUGGUUGGGCUUCCAGUGAUAUUACAAAAUUUGAGAGUAUGUUGCGCAACGUCUAUCUGUCCGCAAUCAUCAACGGUGAUCCACGUACUGGCAACUGGGACCUAGUGAUGAUGGAAGCCUCACAAGGGAUCGCAGUGUUUCUCAAUGAUAAGGCGAGUUACGACAAGGCAAUGAACAGGUACCUUGGACGCGUACCCGCAUUCGUAUACUUGGAAACAGACAGCAGUUACCCAAAGGCCGCCCCUGGUAGUCCGCAGACAACCAAGGCCCAAAUUAUCAGCUUUUGGCAUGACCAGUCGACAUUUGUCAACGGUAUUGCACAAGAGACGUGUCGCGACUUUGUUCAUACCGGCUAUAGCAUCGCGUCGAUUGGACAUGUCGCCGAGACAUCCCGCAUCCAAGGCACCGAUCUCUAUACCGGAGAAGUUGGCACGAGAUUGCGCCAUGCACUUGGAUUCCAUUCACUUUAUCAGCUAGGCGCGACGGUGCCCAGUUGGCUUUGCAAAGGAAAGUUGAUAUUGGGUCUGGGCCCAGUCACGGAGAUUGGGUUCAAUGCGAUGAAUACGCGUCUUGGUUAUGGAAUGGCAAAUACGCAGAUAUUGACACAGAACCAGCGACCGGCGGGUACGAACUGGUUAUUCCUUGGGUGGGAGACGCUUACACAUGCGGGAAAUACGGCGUAG